CGUGUCAUUAUCCUUUCGACAAAGCUCUCCAUUUCCUAACUUGGUAUCUCUUUUUGAGUUUGACCAAGAGAAUGACCGACCAAAUCAUUUCCUGAUGCGGCUCACUAGACAGAAUGAAAGGAUGAAGAUAUGUGGGGUACGGGCCAUAUCAUCAAUUCAUCAUAGUGUUGCUAUUCUAGUCAAUAUGGCCAAGUGCAGACUGUUAAUAUUAGAGGGUAAGCACUCUCCCCAUCAUCCUCCACAAAUAGGGCCAUCCAUACGAAGGAGGGCUUUUCAGGAUACUGACGAACACGAGUCAACUCUUUUGGCGAUUGUUUCACGAGUGGAUAUCCAAAAAAGGCAAAGCACAGAUCAGCAGAGCAUCGAUGCAGGCUCGUAUAUCCCGUCUAACGAGAGCCGCGCCGAGAAACGCGCCAAUCAUGGUGCAUCCACUACGAGGAUGAUGCUAUUUUAAUCACUAGCCGACACUGUUGACUUCGGAUUCCUCAAGCUACCGUUUGAGAGUUUGACUUGACCUCAUCUUGAUUCUCUGACACCGUGUCACGGCCCCAUGCUUGCCGGGCAGCUAUUCGUUCGUGAUGGAUAAUUAUACCAGCGUCGCCAAAAGACCAUGGCAGCAACGAGUCAGCUAGCUGCUCAGCUUCAGCAUAUUCGACGGAGUAUACUAGACGAGUCUACUCAAGACGACGUCAAAAAUCGUGGGGGCCAUGGGCCAU